UCUUAAUGGAUAAGACACAAGAACCUGUACAUGUUAAUAUCACCUUCUGCAGGAAAAGGAGACACAAUGUGCCAUUUUUUAAAUCUUAUUUGUUGGAUGGUAAAUCAGCCGUGUGAAAUGACGAUUUGAUGGCUGCAGUAAAAAACAUGCACAACUUGUAAAUUAAUUGAAUUAAUUAGAAUAAUGGACUGGUUGCUUUAUAUUUAUGGCUGUAUCCAAAUUUUCUACUGUAUGGUAGACGCUGGUAGGACUUCUAAAGUUGUAGUUAAAUCGAGUAUGGGACCAUUGCAAGGAUUCAAGGUUUUAUCAGGAAGUUCUGAAGUAGCCGUCUUUAGAGGCAUUCCGUAUGCUAAACCCCCAACAGGAAGUCAACGGUUUGAACCACCGGAACCUAUGUUGCCAUGGAAAGAUGUAUUUAUUGCUUCUGGUUAUGGUUCUGUAUGUAUUCAGAGUUCUACAAUAGAUAACAAAACUUUCAUUGGAGACGAAGAUUGCUUAACACUUAAUAUUUUUAAGCCAAUGCUUUUCAUGAAGGAAAACCGGAAUAUUCCCGUAAUUGUUAUGAUUCAUUCGGGGAAUUUUAUUUCUGGAUCGGGCAAUUACAUUAAUGGCGUUGAACUUGCAAAAACACUAGAUGCGGUAAUUGUCACGGUGAACUACCGCUUGGGAAUAUUCGGAUUUUAUUCAAUGAGAGGACAUAUUAAAGAAAAUUUAGGAAUUUUAGACCAAAUAGCUGCUUUACAGUGGAUAAAAAAUAACAUUAGAGAUUUCAGUGGGAAUCCAGAUAAUAUAUUACUUGUUGCAGACCAAAUCAUGGCAUCGGUACAUUUGAUGAGUUCUCGUAGUAGAUAUUUUUUCAACAGGGCUAUUUCGUUUGACGGAGAGUCGUAUCUAAAUCCCAUUGCUGGAUAUAAUUUUAAUUUCGAAAGCCAUCGUACAAGACUAGAAAACCUUUGCGGGAGUAUUGAAUCAACCAACAAUUUACCCGUUGAACACAUAGUUUGGGUAUGCUUGAGAAGUGCUGGAAUUGAAAAUCUGUAUAACUUAUCACAUGAAUUAACCGAACAUUUGUGGCACCCCUUUCGACCUGUGUACGACGGUCAUGUGAUUAGUAUUGACUCCCAUAUCGUUACAAGCUUCCUGCAUUGUGAUUAUUUAGCUUUUAAGUCAGAUUUGUUGAUUCCAAUGUUAACAAACAGAACUGAAAAUGACACAUCAUGUAAAGAAAUUUUCAGUGAUGUUGUUUCUCAUGUGUCAAAAGAGAGAUAUAGACAUAAUAAUCAUCUGUUAGAGAACGUAUUACAAUCAUAUUAUUUUCCACAAUUUUCAAACCAUUUAUUUAACUUCUGUAAAGCAGUAAGAUUGUUGCUAAACGACUUAAUGACGUCAGCUAUCAUAUCAUUGGCUAAUCACCAUAGUCGAACUGGAUUGACAUUUCUAAAUUUUGUGAAUUUCAAUGUUGACGGAACGUCUUUUUCUGAAAGUUCAAUUAAUAUGCAAACCACCAAUAUAGCUUGUAUAUUAACCAACCAAAACACAGCGUCGUGUCAACUUCCAGUAGAAAUUUCAGCUGGAAUAAAUAAAGUAGUACGAACUUUCCUGUAUCAUGGUUACCCAACAGUAAAUUCCAAAGUAGUUUGGAGGCCUUACACUACUACAAGCAAAAAUUAUUUACAAAUUACGGAUGAAAUGUUUUACACUGGAGCCAGUUCUAACUGGCCAGCUGAACGAAUAGAACGUCUUUGGUUGAAGACAUUACCUGACGUAGAUGUUGCAACUUCAUUUUCAACGGAUCCUGAUGUCAAAGUCAUACAGCAAUCGGUUGGAAUGUCUUGGGGAUUAACAGAGCAGCAGCUUGAAGCUCUGAUUUUCAGCUUGGUUUUGUCAUGUUUAGUUCUUCUUUGUGUGACUUUGACAUUGUUUCGUAUUGUCUGUUUUGUAAAUGGGAAGACAUUUUACACGAAAAAGAAGACACAACCAAAGAAAGGUGUUGUUUUGACAGACACAAAAAAGAAACGAGACCCAAACAGUUCCUUUGGUUGUAAAGUGUUUCAUACACAAGAAAGUAUUAGUUUGAAUAGACGGACGAGUGAGCAUGCUGACAUCGAUGCGUAAUACUAGUAUUAGUAAUUUAAACAUAAUUACUCUUUAAAUCAUAUGUAUUUGAAGGACCAGUUAAGGGGGCAUUUCAAUACGAAUUUUUGAUUUUGUGAAACCUUGUUCCAAUUUGAAAGUAUAUAUAUAUAUAUACAAAUGUUUUACCAAUCUGUCCAGAACAAUUGUUAAAAUUAAGUGCGAUUCACUUAUUACUUUUCUUAUUUAGAAUGACUGAAGGUCAUGGGUUUGAUCUUAUGUUGGGUUAAACAAAUAUUUUAAAAUUGGUACUUGUUGCUUCUCCACUGAGCAAGUAACAAUUGUAGAAUUAUGAGCAAAAGAUAGUCGACUCGGAGUAAGAAUAAUGUGUGUUUUCCCCUUGGUAUCUUUCCCGAUUUUGCAAGUUGUUUUCGACUAGAACGUUAAAGUUAGACUCGAUGAUCGGUCUAGUAUAAAACAGGGUUCAUAUUCAUAUCACAUUAUCACCCGUGAUCAAGUCCUGAAUAUAAGUGUAAUAUUUGCCGACGGACGUUAAACAUUCCAUCAAUUCAUCAUUUCUUAGAUAAACCAUUUCUCGGUUCGUAGCAUAUUUUUCAUGCCCGAUCAAGUAAAACUUAUUUAGUAGUUGGUUACUUUACCUUAACAUAAUGCAGUAUAUGAUAGUAAUAUUAAGUUUAAUUUGAUAGUAAUAUUCAGUUUGAUCAAUAAUUGAGUUGAUGUAGUAAUAAGAUACGUAUGGGUGUAAACAGAAGAUAUGAGCCUUGGGAGUGUAUUGAAAGAUCAGAAAUAGUAAAGUGAUGGAACGUCAGAAGGUAUGAAUCUCGGAAGUGUAUUCAAGGACCAGAAGUAGUAUAGUGAUGCAGGUCAGAAUGGCAUCGUGUAAAGUUUUGCUCUAUAUCACUCCAUAUCAUAUAUAUAACUUAAAGGAUCUUGUCUUGAAUUUUGAUUUACAAAAGACAACCGAGUAUUUCAACAGAGAAUAAAAAAGAGUAAGCUGAGAAAUGAAGCCGGCAAUUAAAUUUUCACUUGGAGCUCUAUUUCUUGUCGGCUGCCAGUGGGUUGUAAUUAAUAUGUCUAUGAUAUAUAUAUAUAUAUAUAUAUAUAACAUGUCUAGAUAUAAGUCAACGAUCUUUCUUGCGAGGGUGCUAUAUCGUUACGAGUAACUAAACCUGUACCUAUACAUGUAUAUAUAUAAUAUAUAUCAAUGAAAAUAAAUUAAUUUUAAAACAUGAUACACACCAGUACAAUGGACACACAGUGCCUGAACCUUUAUAUAUUCAGGUAAAUUAUAUGGCCUUCCAAAUACCGUUUCGAUCCCUAACAUCACUGAAGAGACAUUAAUUGUCGAAAUCCGGAUAUGGUGUUCAAAUUUUUGCACCCCAUGUUUGCGGUAUACCAUCUUUUCCACAAGUUUAUUGUUUUCUGUUUGGUAUUAAAUUAAUAUUAAGAUCCAUUUUGUUAGAUCUGGUGAUCAAUUUAUUUGGCAAUCGCCAAUGGCAGUCGGCAGGGUUUAAGAACAUCAGUUAUUCGACCUGUUAGUCAAAUGCGUUUUGUUAAAAUAGACUUUUUCACUUUUUUUGGUCUUUUGGAAAUUGUUGUUUGAGCUGUAUUUAGACCCCUCUAUCAAGAAAUUUGUUUUUACAUGCACACGUAUAAAAAUUGCGGUUUUUAUCCAACGCAAUCAUAGGUUUGAACGUUGUUUUCAAUUUAGACUUUUAUAUAUAUACAUAUAUAUAUAUAUAUAUAUAUAUGAGGUUUCGAUAAAUGAGUUGUAGAGUCAAAGUUAGAAGUAGAAAUUUGUCAGUUUAGGUUUGAAUCCCUGUUGUGCCUUUUCUUUAGUAUUUCAGUUUUUCUUAUUUUGUGUGUUAUUGUUGAUAUUUUUUGUAAUAAAAACUGAUUUCCACGUUUAUUUUUUGGUUCAUUAUUGACUAUUUCAUGUAUUUCAAACGAAAACAACAACAUCCAUUUCGUCCAUUUUUUUUAUAAAUAUAGGGUGAUUUCAUCUGUUUUAAUACAUACCUUUAAAUUAAUUUUGCAUGUUGGUAAAUCACUAUGUGUAAAUCGUGAUGUGCCUAGAGUUAUGUUUCCUGCUAGAAAUUCGGUAAAAUACGUAAGAUAUAUGCUUAAAAAUUAGUUCGAAUAUGCCAUAUAUUAUAAAAUACAGAUAAUAUUCAGAUUCACAUAAUAAUUCAAUGGAAAUUUCAGUUCAGUAUAUCUAUUGAGAGUGUAUGCAAUUUUGUUUUUAAUAUGUAUUUCAUGAUUUAAAUCCACUACAUAUAUACUCCUAAUUUUUGGUUGUUUCUUGUGAAUUAUUCAAGAUAAUUAGGUGGUUAUUAAACACACUGAUAAAAGGGCUUCGGAUCGUGGUACCCUUUUAACGAACAAACGCUUAUCCAUUGUUUCAUACGGUUUAAUUUUUCUUGUUUCUCAUUGGUUUAUUUGGUCAAGUGUUUUCCAAUACAUAUUUUGUAUUUUUUCACUAUUUUGAUAUAUUGACUUGACGUUACUAUUUUUGAUCAAAGUACUAACUGAACAUCGGAUGACCGCAAGUUCUGGUGGAUGGUCACAAGCACUUGUCUUAGAAAAAAAAAUCAUAUCUCUAUAUCUGAAAGUUGGGUUAAGGUACAUAGAUAUAUUUUUUUUCUGAGACAAGUUCUUGUGUGGAUGAUGAAUAAAUGACAGGGAAUUCAACCUCACCGUAAUAAUUAUUAUUAUAUUGUAGUGAUAUAAUCAUUUGUUAUCAGUAUACUCUGGUUUGUUGUUAUAUAUUAUAUUAAUAUUUGUAUAACAGUUAUAUAUAUAGCAGAUCAUCUUAAUAACUCUACAGGCAAAUUUUCACCCAUUUAUAUAUCAUUCUAUUCUACUAUUCUAAUGAUAGUGCAGUGCAAGUGCAUGGUGGACACUCAUCUGUAAUAAUUCGUGUUUCUAAUAGAUUGGAUUUGAGUAGGCAUUCAUAUUUUCCCGCUUUUGUUGCAAAACGUUUUCGAGAUAUUCUUCCGCAUGCGUUAACACAUAUUUUCGGUAUUCAUGAUUUCGUUAUUGAUAUAUAUAUUCCUCACGACAAAACAUUUUCACAUCAUUUAUCCAUGUUCUUAAAAAAUAUUUUCAUGAAUAUUUAUUGAUGAAAUUAAUAUAUAACAAGCGAUAAGGAAUCUUGUUUUGCACUCGAUAAUAUCCGCGUAAUUACGUUCGCGGUUAUCAGUCAAACGGCAAGGAAAUUUCCGCGGCAACUAAACACCGGUAUGACCUCUCAAGGUCACAUCCGAUGUAGAAAUGCUAUUGACUCCAUGUUACUAAAAAUAGUAACAUUGAGUCAAUAUCAUUUCCAAAAAUAGUAACAUCGAGUCAAUAUCAUUUUCAACCUUACACUAUUUACAUAUGUAAUAUAUAAAUUAAGGACUUUCUUUCAGUCAAACGUUAUAUAUGGACCUGUUAGAUUAUAUUGAACCUCGGACUUCGUCCUCGGUCAAUAUAAUCCGAACAGGUCCAUACAAGUAUUAUAACGUAUUGACCUCGUCAAAAGUCCAUAAUUGAUAAAUAUCGCACACCUUAUGAUUUUGAUUUCAUAAGGUUCAAAACAGUUUUCGACAUCAUUUUUCCCAUAACAGAUAUAUUUAUAGAAUUAGAUGCUAUUGAAAUAUGAAUCAAAUAUAUAAUUUGAGUUAUUUCCCUUAGAAUGUAAAAUCGAAUUUGUGCACAUUAGUUGUCGUGUCGCUUUUCGGAGGAGGAAAAUAGGCUUUAAGUCGGCCAUCAGAUCUUUUUCAAUUAUAUUCUUUAUAAAAUAUUUUUAAAUAAAAUGAAAUUGGUAAUGAAUAACCUAUAUUCUUCAUAUGUUUUAAAUCUUGAUAACGUCUCUCAACGUUUAAAAUGUAUUCCAAGGGAACGACCAUUUAACUUCAAGGGGGAGAAGGGUUGUGGUUUUUUCCUAAAAAAUAUUCUGAUCCCCAAUUUAAAGAAAAAAAAUAUUGUGGUCAAGCAGAUGACAAAAAAAAAUAUUCUGAAUCCAGAUUUUCCCCAUACCUUAUAGUGUUAAAUUAAAAAAAAAAUCUGACUCAGACAAAAAACCAUAACCCCCACCCCUCUUGAAGUUAAAUGGUUGCUCCUUAAAAUAUUUUACUAUUGAUAUCCGUCUCUUUACAAAAUAUGUAUUACUUUCAUCAUGUAAUGUCAAGGUGUUAAACAAUAUUACUGUGGGUAAAACGAGAAAAAAAAACUGCAUUGUAAUAUAUGUAUAUAAGCAUUAUAAGUGUAUAUAUGGAUAUGUAGGAGUUGGAAUUGCAAUGGGGACGCUGAAGUGCAAUGGUCACGCUGAAUUACGAUGGUUCUUUCGCUGAAGUGCGAUGGUUUGGCAUGACACUUGAAUAUUGUGACGUUUUUAAAUACAACGUUACUUUCGCACCAAGAACAGCGUGACCAUCGCGGUUCAGAGUCCUAUAUAUAUAAAGAGAGUGCAUAACAAUGGAUAUAUUAUAUAAAGUGCCUAACAAUGUAGUUUUAACACAAUAUUUAUUGGUGGCUUUGGGCUGUUUUCUACACUUUGGUUGGUUUGUUGUCUCUUUGACACAUUCCCUGUUUCCAUUCUCUAUUCUAUUGAAAUGUUAAAAAAAUGUUAUAUGUUGCUAUUUAUAGGCAUACCGGUAUAUUAGAGAAAUAAAUAUAGGUUCCAGCUCCGGUUGGGCAGGAAGUAAAGAUAUCAGAUCUACUCUAACAUUGUUAGGUUGAUUUCUAGGUACUUUAUAUAUAAUAUAUAUUCAUAUUUAUAAUAUGUCAUUGCAAUUUAUCUACCAUUUCCUUUUUACUUGAUUGCAUAAUUGUUCUUUCUUGCAACACACAGUGAUAGAGGGUAUACAAUUAAGAAAUGAACUGAAUUGUAAUUUUGGCAUCUAAAUUUAUAUGUCAUGAUUAUAAAUUGAGAAAUAAAAAGAUAUCCUGCAAA